AUGGAGUCCACUGAGGCUAUUUCAAAGGUGAAAACGGGAAAAAUUAUUGGGGCGAGGUACUAUGAGGGAGACACUGCACUGGAUAAAAAGGGUCAUGGAAUCCACACAGCAUCAACAGCAGCAGGAAGAGUGGUGGAAAAUGCUAACCUUUUUGGUAUUGCAAACGGAACUGCCCAAGGAGGCGUCCCAUUAGCUAGAAUAGCUACAUAUAAAGUAUGCGGUUUUCGUUGUGAUGAAAAAGAUGUCAUGGCCGCAUUUGAUGAUGCCAUUGCCGAUAAUGUUGACGUUAUUAGUAUCUCAAUUGGUUCUCAGUAUACAGUAAAUAUAAGUGAUGAUGUUAUUGCCAUUGGCUCAUUUCAUGCUAUGCAAAAGGGAAUUUUAACCAUACAAGCAGCUGGAAAUAUAGAAUUUCCCAUCUUAAAAACAACGGUAAGCAUUGCACCUUGGUUGUUCACAGUGGCUGCUAGUGGUAUUGAUAGAAAAAUCAUCAACAAGCUUGUCCUUGGAAAUACACCAACACUCCUGAUUGAGGCUAAGAUUGCCAAUGCAAGCGGGCUUAUUCUACGAAAAUAUAAAACAGUUUUCAACGAUGUUGCUAUUGAUGCUAUUUUGCCCAUGGCAAUUCUACAUGACUCCGAAUUUGAAUUUGUGGAGUCUUAUCUCAAGUCUAACAAAUUUCCUUCUGCAAGAAUCUUAAAGAGUGAAGCUGUUCACUCACCAACACCCGGUCCCAUUGUAGCUUCUUUCUCAGCAAGAGGGCCAAAUGCAAUUAUACCUGAAAUUUUUAAGCAUCUCUUCCUUAUACUCCUGGAUUUCCUGACAUACCCAGUGCAAAAUAUAAAUUCCAAUCUGGAACUUUCGAUGGCGUGUCCUCAUGUUACUGGUGCAGUUGCUUAUGUAAAAUCAAAACAUCUUGACUGGUCCACAACAGCUAUCAAAUCAUCUAUUAUGACUACUGCUUGGACUAUGAAUAUGGAAUACAAUGUUGAUGCUGAACUUGGUUAUGGAGCGGGACUCAUUGAUCCAGUAAAAGCUGCAUAUCCUGGACUGGUGUACGAGACAUCCAUACACGAGUAUAUCAAUAUGUUCUGUAGUGUAGGUUCGGAAGGAGAUAAGUUAAGGAAGAUGUUAGGAGUAGAAACGAAGUGUCCAGAGGGAAUUAAAACAUCUCCUAAAGAUCUCAACUACCCAGCAAUGACUGCCCCAAUACAAAUUAAUUCAUCUUUUAAUAUUCAAUUUUCAAGAGUUGUGACAAACGUUGGUGACAAACGUUGGACAGGCUAA